AUGGAAGAAGAAGUCGUGUACUACUCCAAGGAUUUUGAUUGGAAUGAUCUGCACGAAGAGGUGGAAAGCGCACAGGAACGUAGGUAUCUUCUCAAAGAGUUCCCUGAGCUUGGAAGAUCUAAUCAAGAGUUCACUGCUCUGGAGGUUGGAUGUGGAGCUGGAAGUUCGGCCAUUCCGAUCCUGAGGUUUGAUGUUGUUUGCUAUUCCCUCUUACUGAAGGACGUAUUUUGUUCCAGAGCAACAACAACCGCUAGAGUGUAUGCUUGCGACCUCAGUGAGGCUGCCGUGAGCCUCACAAACAAAAUGGGAGAUAAAGCUUUGAAUGAGCAAGCAACGUCGAGGCUGCGGACUUUUGUUUGCGAUCCUUCCUGUGAGGCACUUCCGGCGUGGCUGGCUUGUGACGCCUGUCGAGCCUCCGACUUUGGUAUCAAGAGCUUCCUUAUUUUCGCUCUUUCCGCGCUGGCAGAUCUGGAUCAAAUGAGCAACCUUCUCAAAGAAUGUUGCUCUGUACUCCGACCCGGUGGAAUGCUUCUCUUUCGAGAUUAUGGUAUGCUAUUUCUCCGUGAAGUUGAACUGGAGUACUGCUGCAUUAAGCUGAAUCACAAAACUAAAGUUCCUAUGAAGCGAGUCUGGGUUCACGCAAAGUUCAUGAAGCCCGACCAUACGUAA